UGGUCCUUCAGUGCCACUGGCGCUCUGGAAGCUAUGCAUUUCAAGAAGACGGGGAAGCUGGUCUCGCUGAGCGAACAAAACCUUAUCGACUGCUCUGAGGAGCAGGGGAAUAUAGGAUGCCAGGGUGGAUAUAUGCACCGAGCUUUUGAGUAUGUGAAGAAACAAGGAGGAAUCAAUUCGGAGAAAACCUACCCCUAUGUUGGAAUGGAUAAUCAGACUUGUCGCUAUGAUCCUGAGGAAGCUGUCACCAGAUGUAGAGGAUUUGGUUUCAUCAUGAAGAAGGAUGAAGAUAGCCUUCAGCGGGCUGUGGCCAUGAUUGGUCCAGUUACUGUUGGAGUAGAUACUCGGAGUUCCAAGUUCCACUACUACAAGUCAGGUUCUGCCAAGUUAGGACCUGCUCGGGCACCUUGGUGACUACCGGGGCAAGUCGCUUGAGUCGUGUGAGAUGGGCGGCCAUAUAAAUG